AUGGCUCCACGCGAGGAGCUGAUUGCCUCAGCUAUUACCUUCCUCCAGGAUCCGUCCGUUGCAUCCUCGCCCAUUGAAAAGAGAGUCUCAUUUCUCCAAUCUAAGAACUUGACUCAAGAGGAAGUGGACAUCGCCUUAUCGCGAGUGGGCGAAGACCCCCAGUUCCUUACCGGCCACCACAGCCCCCCCCAAGGAUAUGGCUAUCCUCCAUAUAAUCAAUGGCAGCCGCCUCCUGAGCCACCCAAGAGAGAUUGGCGUGACUGGUUUAUUAUGGCAACAGUGGUGGGUGGGGUUGGUUACGGGUUGUAUACUGUCACAAAGCGAUAUAUCGCACCCUUGAUCGCCCCACCGACUCCUCCGCAGUUGGAACAAGAUAAAGAAAACAUUGACGAGCAGUUCUCACGUGCAUUUACUCUGAUUGAACAAUUAUCCACCGACACUGCUGCAUUGAAGACCGCCGAGGAAGCCCGUACCGAGCGCUUGGAUAGGGCUCUCAAGGACGUAGAGAGUCUCGUUGCUGAUUUGAAGAACUCAUCUCGCCGAAGAGAUGAUGAGACUCGUCGCAUUAGUGACGAGGUGAAGUCAUUGAAGGAUGCCAUUCCCAAGGCCCUUGAGGGUGCCCGGGAAGGCAAUGAGAACCGACUGAAGGAGCUCGGAACCGAGCUCAAGAGCUUGAAGACCCUUCUGGGCAACCGACUUGGUGGUGGCGGAGCUACUCCUGUUGCUGGCAGGACCCUUGGAUCUACUCCAUUCCCUAGCACUCGCCCGGCACCGGAAGAGACCCCCGCCACUUCCACUCCUGCUGCCACCAACGGUUUGGCUGCUACUGUGACUCCAGCCGAACAGGAGCCAACUCAGGCAGCUGCCCCAGCAAGCACAAUCCAGAGCCCCAACCCCCUCUCGCAGCUUGGUCGGUCUGCCGCCUCCAUCCCGGCAUGGCAAAUGGCUGCGGCCAACCGGUCUAAGGCCACUUCGCACUCGAGUGCACCUGCCACACCUGCUGAAAACACCGCUAGCCCGAGCCUGGAGCAGAGCGCUCCUACCAGCUAA